CCGCCCAUGUCUGGCUUCAUCUCAGCGACCAAGACCCACAGCGAUGCCGAGCAGACCGCAACGGGCCCUGGUGGUUGCAGCUCCAUCGUCCGGCUCCGGAAAGACAUCCGUGACCCUCGGCCUGAUUAACGCCCUCACCCGCAGAGGACUUCGGGUCCAGCCCUUCAAAGUCGGGCCAGACUUCAUCGACCCGCUUCACCACACCAAAGCGGUCUCGCUGGCUUCUUCGAACCUGUGCGGCGACUCAAACUCGCAGAACCAGCCUGGCUGCCAAAGCAUACAGGGCGAACCCAAUCGCCAGAGCCAUCGGGAUAAGUCGGGCCGCCAUACCGCCGCCUCAUUCAACCUUGAUGGGUGGAUGCUGUCCAAGGAAACAGCCCUUCGCUGUUUCCAGCAAAACUCGGCCGACGCCGACAUAUCGAUUAUCGAAGGCGUCAUGGGGCUCUUUGACGGCAGAGACGGCAAGACAGAAACCGGCAGCACCGCGGAGAUGGCCAAAUGGCUCGGGGCUCCGGUCGUCCUCGUCUUGGACUGCUGGGCACUGUCGAGAUCGGUGGCGGCGUUUGUCAAAGGAUUCGCCGAGUUUGAUCCAGAGCUCAACCUGGCCGGUGUUGUCCUGAACAGAACCGGAGGCGACAUCCACACAACAUGGCUCAAGGACGCUAUCCACACAUACGACCCUGCAGUCCAUGUAUUCGGAGGAAUUCCCCGAGAAAGCAGAGUGCAGAUUCCUGAGCGACACCUCGGACUCCAUCUGCCCACUGAUUUCCAAAGCACCGAGUACAUCAACAAGCUCGGCGAUCUCAUCGAAAAGCAUCUAGAUCUGGACCAGUUGCUUGAGGUGUCGGUACUCCCCGAUCUCGACUUGGUAGCUGAGAUCGAGCACCCCUUGGCCGGGUCGCUGGCACCGGUCCGUAUUGGUGUGGCCAAGGACGAAGCAUUCUGCUUCUAUUAUCAGGACAAUAUCUCGCUGCUAGCCCGCUAUGGUGCCACCAUUGUCUUCUUUUCGCCAAUCCACGAUGCUUGUCUUCCCACGGAUAUCGAUGGGCUGUACUUUGGCGGCGGCUAUCCCGAGCUGCAUGCCAAGCAGCUCUCCGAUAACCACGCCAUCCUCGAGGCCGUCAAAACUUUCCCUGGAUGCAUCUAUGGGGAAUGCGGAGGGCUCAUGUAUCUUGCCAAGACUCUUUCGUGUCCAACAGAUAUGGCCCAUCCCACCGAAACAGAUCGGGCUACUUAUCCAAUGUCCGGAGUUUGGAACGGAGCCGUCGCCAUGACCAAGAAGAUGGAGAUGUCAUAUGUUCAGGUUACCUCGAAGAGCCCCUUAUUCGGGGUUGGAGAACAGGCUCGCGGGCAUGUCUUCCAUUUCUCGAGCGUCAUCGAAAACAACGAACCCGAGCACGCCUUUUCGAUGGAAAUGCAGCGCCCCGGAUCCACCCCGGUCCUUGCUGGCAUCCAAGUCGCCGACCGUGUUGUAGCAAGCUACGUACACCUCCAUUGGGGGAGCAAUCCCGUUUUUGCCCGGAAUUUUGUUGCCCAAUGCCACAUCGUCAAGCUGCGCCCGGGCAGCCCUGACGAGCCGCAGGUGGAACUCCUGCCGCACGAGGCCCCCACAGCAUGAUCCAUGCAAAUGCGUAAUGAUCCGCAGCACGCAACUUAUGCGAGACAUAUCCAACACGGUUUCUCACCCUUUGUAUUUGACCUUGCCUCCAACCUCCCGUCUUGCC